AUGCCGCUGGAUAUUCUGGUAGAGAUCUUCUCCUGGACGCACCCUCGAGACCUCCUCAACCUAGCCCGCACCACGACGGCCUUCCGGAAUUUCCUGAUGAGCCGCAAUACCGCAAGUUCAUUGUGGAAGAAGGCGAGGGAAACGGUCGAGGAUCUUCCCGACUGCCCGGCGUAUUUGAGCGAGCCCGCUUACGCCAACUUGAUGUUCUUCCCCCACUGUCAUAAUUGCUUAAAGCCCAACGUACAAACUGUGAUAUUUGAGUUCUCGGCGCGUUAUUGUCCUGCUUGCAAGAAGAAACUGUGGGUUACGUUUGUUGUGGUUUCAUGGGCGAACAUACGGGACGCCGCACACGCCUCCAUGGAAAACGUGCGACGUGAUCGUCUCAAACGGGAACAGCGAUCGGUCAUGAUCGACAGGUUCAAAGGGCUGGCGCAGGCCCUCGCGGACGGCCGUCCUUCUGGGUGGCGGCAUACUGCAGAGGCAGACAUGGAGCCGCUCCUGGUCGACUUUGCGCUCGCGCCCGAAGUCCGGGAGAUUGCAGAAGCCCCAGAUUUUGCCUCAAAUUCUGGCGUUCCCCGCUGGCCGGUCGACAACGUCCGUGCUAUCUUCCAGUGCAUGGCCCAGCGGUGGCGACACGAGCGGAAGACGGACCUCAUCGCGAUGCUCAAGAGCGCUAUGCCGGAACUGGAAGAUGUCCACGACCCGCUCACGCUUGCGGUCGCGGCGUUCUCCUGUUGCAGGCCCGGUUGCGAACGGAAGGUGCCCCUUUGGUGGCCCGGAGUGCUGGCACAUCCGUGCACUCGCCUGUCCGCGUUGCCGACAGACGGCGACAAGGACGUUUAUAUGUCUGCGCUGCGCAACCUUGAUUCUUUCGAACGGCCACACUCGCUGGAGUACCUGAAGGUCGAUUCAAAGACGGUGCACAACCUGUGUGCGGUGAUGGAAGCGUAUGGCCUAGACCCCCUGCAAACGACGCAGGAGAGCCUAGACGAUGUGAAAGGCAGGCUUCAAUGUGUCAAUCCCUCCAAACGCGAAGACGGACGCAAGUUUGAAGCCUUCGAUUGGCUACGUGCUUUUCUGCAUCACGACGAUCCCUCCCACGACGUUAACGGUGUUUCGUGUCGUCUAGAGCUGCUCGACAAGAAGGAUUCCAAGGACGUCUGUCUAGAGGAGAUGCGCUUGCGGGGGCGUCGCGACCUGAACCUGCCGUACCACUAA